AUGAGCACAUUGUACAUUUCUCAAUAUCGGCUAGUCGAAGUCGCACACGUAAAACCGCACUACGUCUACGUAGUUGACAUUUUUCACUCUGGCAAGAAGUACUCUGUGGAAAAGAGAUACAGCGCCUUCCACUCGCUCCAUCGAGAGCUUCGGGCCCAUUACCAGACUCCAGUAUUUCCUCCGAAACGAGUGAGAAACACGCAGCCCAAGGUUUUGGAGCAGAGACGACUUGGCCUGGAGCAAUACCUCCAGCAAAUGCUCAAGUCGGCGGCGACUAGGAAAAAAAUCCUCUCGUUUUUUGGCUUGAAUCUGUCCCAAGAACAAGAAGACAUUUAUCUGACAGACGAUGUUUCGGACGAAGAGAUAGAUGAGCUGGGCAAACCUGUGAAUCACGAGCCCAUUUUCAAACACAAGCAGGACACCUAUUUGGAAAUUGAAACAAAUAAAUUUAACGACACCCUGAGUGCUAGUGUUUUGUCUGUUUUUUACGGCGACCGUCUGUAG